AGCGGUCACAUCCCAGCACAGUGUAUUAAAUAAAACAGCUUUAGAAGAAAGCUCUUUUUUUAAGAAACAAAAAAAGUCUGAGAAUCUAACUAAAUUCCAGUAAAUAAAUGAGUCUAGUAUAAAAAACCGACGCUGUAACUAAUUCAAAUGAAAACAGUGCUAUUUCAAGCGGAUGUAAUUGCAGCAUAAAAACCACAAAUAACACAGUGCAAGCGCGAGUGUGUGCGUAUGUGUGUGUGUAAGAGUUUACUGUUGCUGCCGGACGACAACUCGAAAGCAGUGUGUGGAGCUGCAGGGUGAAAGGAAGCGGGAGAAGGAGCAGCACUCCUCUUCUAGUGCUGCAAAAGAAAAGCCUUGCUGCUCUGUUGCCAUAAUUACGGCAGCUUUGUGGGAGUUCAAGUUUAACAGCGCGCGUCUGUGUGUGCGUGUGUGUGAGUGCGUUUCAAUGUGUGCGUAACACCCCCAAAGGCGCUCUCUUUUGCACACACACACACACACACUCUGAUGUAAAUGUACAACAACAACAGCGCAAUUUUGGAGCAAUUACAUUAGCAGCCAAAGAAGAGGUGGAGAAGAAGAAGGGAGAGAGCAGCGUCACGGGCUUGGCGUUUUUUGUUUUGUGCGCACGAUUCGCGUGCUUCUCUUUGUUUGCUGCUUAGCACAUUUAGCGGGCGGGCGCUGCAUCUACGUGCAACGCAACGCUUCAGCCAACCAACGGCAACGCUUUGUGGCCAUCAGCUGGAUACGGAUUUUGUGACGGCGGCGACACAAACAACGCCGAAGUGGAUGCCCAUGCACGCGGUGGCCUGGGUGGCAUUGUUGCCCAGGACUUUGGCAUGCCCGGACCCGCCAAUGGUCCGCCUCCUCACAUGUACGGCGCCGUAGCGCCGCAGGACAUCAUAGUGCGGGACAUGGUGCAAAUGCCGCCACCACCACCCUCGAAUGCACCCACAUCGGCGGAUGCCUGCCUCAGCAUUGUGCACUCGCUGAUGUGCCAUCGGCAGGGUGGGGAGAGCGAGGGAUUCGCGAAGCGUGCCAUCGAAUCGCUGGUGAAAAAACUGAAGGAGAAGCGUGACGAAUUGGACUCGCUGAUAACGGCAAUUACCACGAAUGGCGCCCAUCCAAGCAAAUGCGUCACCAUCCAGCGCACGCUCGACGGUCGCUUGCAGGUGGCCGGUCGAAAGGGAUUUCCACAUGUGAUUUAUGCGCGCAUUUGGCGCUGGCCCGAUCUGCACAAGAACGAGCUGAAGCACGUUAAAUACUGCGCCUUUGCGUUCGAUCUCAAAUGCGAUUCGGUGUGCGUUAAUCCCUACCAUUAUGAGCGUGUCGUAUCGCCGGGCAUCGAUCUGUCCGGUCUCAGUUUGCAGUCGGGUCCCAGUCGCCUCGUUAAAGAUGAAUACUCAGCGGGUCCGUUGGUGGGCGGCAUGGAUAUCGAUGGCAAUGACAUUGGAACCAUACAGCAUCAUCCCACGCAGAUGGUUGGACCGGGUGGCUACGGUUAUCCGCCCCAAGGACCCGGACCCGGUGAUUACGUCACCGAUGCUAAUCAAAUGAGUGCAAUGUUUGCUGCCGGCCGCGCAAUACCAAAAAUCGAGCCAACGGACGGCGCUGAUCCGCGCAGUUCGUGGAUGGUGCAACCACAACCGCAGCCACCGCCGCCGCGACAGGCACCGCCACAGCAACAGCAGCAGCAACAACAACAGCCACAAUCCCAAUCCCAGCCAGCGUCGCACACUCGUUCCGUACCUCAUGGCAUGCCGGGCAUGGGAGCCAUGAAUGCCGGUCCCGGUCCUGGCCAAGGUCCUGUUAUGGCGCCACCACCCCCGCCCACACAACAACAACAGCAACAAGCACAGAGCGUCGUUGCACAAGGCAAUGGCGUGCAUCAUGCCCAGGCCAGCUCACCGACAGAUCCCACAGCCGCCAUGGCCAUGCAACAGCAGCAACAACAACAGCAGCCACCGCCAGGUGGUGGACCCAAUGGCCAGACUGGCGUUAACAAUGCCAGCGGUGCUCAGGGAGCCGCUGGACAAUAUUAUGGCGCACCAACAGGAGCUGCACAAAUGCAAAACGACGUGAGCAAGUUUGGUGGCAAUGCAGCUGUUGCGGGCGCUGGCCAAACAGCUGUGCAUGCCCAGCAGCAACAACAGCAGCAGCAGAACGGUUAUGUUACACAGUCGACGGGACAAAAUGCGGGCGCAGGCAACUAUGGAGCAACGCAAGCGUCGUCAGCACAGCAGCAACAACAGCAAGCGACGCAGGGCAAUGCUGGGGGCGCGGCUGGUGCACAGGGCAGCGGUGGUGGCGGAGGAGCCGCUGGCACCUGGACGGGACCUAAUACGCUCACCUACACACAGUCCAUGCAGCCGCCAGAUCCGCGCUCCUUGCCAGGCGCCUACUGGAACUCAUCGCUGCCUGGUGAUCUGGCGUCGCCGCAACAAGUGGCGCCACAGCAGCAGCAACAACAGCAGCCGCGUCUGCUAUCGCGACAACCGGCACCAGAGUACUGGUGCUCCAUUGCCUACUUUGAGCUGGACACACAGGUGGGCGAGACGUUUAAGGUGCCCUCGGCGAAGCCCAAUGUCAUAAUCGAUGGCUAUGUGGAUCCCUCGGGUGGUAAUCGCUUCUGCUUGGGCGCAUUGAGCAAUGUGCAUCGCACAGAGCAAUCGGAGCGAGCCAGGUUGCAUAUUGGCAAGGGUGUGCAGUUGGAUUUGCGUGGCGAGGGCGAUGUCUGGUUGCGCUGUCUCAGCGAUAACUCGGUGUUUGUACAAAGCUAUUAUCUGGAUCGCGAGGCGGGUCGAACGCCAGGCGAUGCUGUUCACAAGAUCUAUCCAGCAGCUUGCAUCAAAGUUUUUGAUUUGCGUCAAUGCCAUCAGCAGAUGCAUUCGCUGGCCACCAACGCACAAGCCGCUGCGGCGGCACAAGCAGCUGCUGUGGCGGGUGUCUCCAAUCAGCAAAUGGGUGGAGCUGGCAGAAGCAUUACCGCAGCUGCUGGCAUUGGAGUUGAUGAUCUGCGUCGUCUGUGCAUAUUGCGACUGAGUUUUGUGAAGGGCUGGGGACCCGAUUACCCAAGGCAAUCAAUCAAGGAGACGCCCUGCUGGAUCGAGGUGCAUUUGCAUCGUGCGUUGCAGCUGCUCGACGAGGUGCUGCAUGCCAUGCCCAUCGAUGGAGCCGCUGCCUAGAUAACAUACAUACAAACAAACCAACAUAUUUAUUAUUCAUAACAACAACAAGAGCAACAGGAAGCACACCACGUCUCUAAAUGUUAGUUUAAGAUUACAGUUUGAGCAGCUAUAUUUAAGUUGUAAGAGCAAAGUGCAAACGAAAAUGGUAUGAAAUAUUUAGUUUUGAUUUGCAAUUUAUGAUUAUGAUUAUGUUUGCCUUUAAUUAUUUAAUAAUAAUUUUUAUAAAAAAAUUGAAACAGCUGUACAACAUUAAGCAACUAGUUUUAUGUACACUAUCCAUACACACACAUGCGUAUAUAUAUUUGAUAACUGACUAACGGCUCAUGCUAUUUGAUGCCCCUUCCUGCCGCCUACAUACACACAGACCAUACACAACAGCCCAAGCUUACACACAGCAUUAUUAACACAACCAACGACUACAACAACAGCGACAACAGCAAAAACAUUUAAAAUGCAAUAUGUAAGGCAAGUAAAGAAUGUAGUUGUAAUAUACAAAAUGUAAUAAACAGAGCAUUAACUAAAUGUA